AUGCAAAGAUUAAUAACUAAACAAGUUAGAUUAUUAUCUAAUUCCACCAAAUUAUACAAACCAGUAGCCACAGAAUACUUUACUACUGGAGGAUCAAGUCAAUCCGUAUGGCCACAAAAUUUUAGAUUACCUCAACCAAAGACUUGGGAAGAAAGUAAUGAAAGUGCUUUAAGUAAAGCAACUAAAUUUUUCUUCCUUAAUGAAAUUGCUAGAGGUAUGUACAUUUGUAUGGAAAUGUAUUUCAGACCUCCAUAUACUAUUUAUUAUCCAUUUGAAAAAGGGCCAAUUUCUCCAAGAUUCAGAGGUGAACAUGCUUUAAGAAGAUACCCAAGUGGUGAAGAAAGAUGUAUUGCUUGUAAAUUAUGUGAAGCUAUUUGUCCAGCACAAGCCAUUACCAUAGAAGCUGAAGAAAGAUUGGAUGGUUCAAGAAGAACUUUCAAAUAUGAUAUUGAUAUGACCAAAUGUAUUUAUUGUGGAUAUUGUCAAGAAAGUUGUCCAGUUGAUGCUAUUGUUGAAAGUCCUAAUGUUGAAUAUACUACUGAAACUAGAGAAGAAUUAUUAUAUAACAAAGAAAAAUUAUUAGAAAAUGGUGAUAAAUGGGAACAAGAAUUACAAUAUUGUAUCGAUGCUGAUGCUCCUUAUAGAUAA